UAAAACGCACUUUGAUAGUUAUUCGUCUACGUAAAAAGAUAAUUUUGGCGUUUCUUAAUAAAAUAAAGGAUGUAUUGAGUGAAUGCAAGGGUUUUGAUGGGUUUCGUGAUAGAAAAAUGGACUAAGUAAUUUUAUUAAACUGGACACUACGCGCGCCAUUUAUUUUUUUAGUUACAAAGAAUUAUUUACUAUAAUUAUGUUUAAUAAAAAUAAUAUCACCAUUAUUUAUAUAUUAUUAUAUCAUUAUUAUUGUCGCAAUUUGUAGCACUAUAUUUAGCGUUAUUUAACAUAAGUCCGGCUAUUCACGUGCAAAAAUGUGUAAAAAUUACUUAAACUUGUGAUUAGGUUAUUACAUAAAUGUAUAUAGUGUAAAAUAAUUCGAAAAUAAAUAAUUGGACCGAAGUGAGCAUUUAUAUUAAGUCGAUAUAGUUGCAUCUUUGACAUACUUAAGAAAAGAUUUAAAUAAAAAAUUCGGAGAAAAAGUAUCGAGAUUCAAAGAGAAGACUUUUCAUACCAUCCAAUGUUAAACUGCUUCCAAUGUUUGAUCGAUAGAAUUCCAUCUUUUGCGAACCGCGUCGUACCUUUCUUGUAAUCAUGGUAAAAUUAACGACAGACGUCAUCGAGAAAAAAUAUUCUCAAAUAUUGUCUAGUAAAUCGCUCAGUAAAACGAUGAAAAAGGAGGAGUUAUGGAAAUUGACUCAUUUAUACAUGAAUGACAUGUUCAUCAACAGCAUUGACGACUUAGCUGUUUGCAGAAGCUUGAAGACCAUUUAUCUUCAGAAUAAUAAUAUAUCACAAAUAAAGAAUUUACAUUUUGCCAGCAAUUUGACACACUUGUAUUUACAACACAAUGCCAUAACGAAGCUGGAAAACUUGGGAUCUCUGCAAAAUCUGCAAAAGCUUUAUUUAGGACACAAUAAUAUCACCAUAGUCGAAGGAUUGGAGAAUAUAAAGAAGUUACAAGAAUUGCAUAUCGAGAGUCAAAAGAUACCACUUGGUGAAUCGUUGUGCUUCGAGCCACGCAGUGCUUUUACUUUAUCUAUGUGUCUAAAAUUUCUUGAUAUUUCGGAUAAUAAAAUGGCAUCCUUGAAAGAUUUAUCAAGAUUUCACGAAUUAGACACAUUGGUGGCAAAAAAUAAUCUGAUCGACGAUGUAAAUGAUUUAACUGCGACGAUAAGUACCUUAACUUCCUUGAAGGAUCUGUCUUUGCAAGGCAACCCCGUGACAUGGUCUUACAGAUACAGAGAAACUCUGAUUGCCAACAGUGUUUCAUUAGCUAAUCUCGAUGGAAAAAUUGUGACUGACAUUUGCCGAAGUUUUAUGAAAAGAUUUCAAAUGGAAAAGUACAAUCGACUCACAAAGAAGGCAACUAAAACCUUAUUAAAAGACGAUAUAACAAGCUCCCUGAAUUUAUCGGCGGCUUUCAAAAGAUCUAUUUCCAGAGCAAUUUUUCAGCAUCCUGGACCACAAUUGUCUAUAACAAUUGCCUCUGGAGAAAAUCAGCUACAGGUGUUUCCGCCUUGGAAAUCAGCAUCGGGCAUCAAAAGUAUCAAGGAUAAUCAUGUAAUGCCGAGGCCAUUCUGGAGUAACGUAACUAAGAGAAAAGAGACUCGUUUAAUCCGCUCUAACGAUGAAACAAUUGCAUUACCCCUUAUUUAAGCCUUUUUACUCGAACAACAGUAAAAUAAACGUUCCGAAAAAAGCACCUGUCAAUCAAAGAACAUUUUAGACGCGUUAAAGAAGAUUUUAUCAGCAGAAUUGUCUUGUAAAAAUAAUUGAUAAAAACGUAAGUAAUAAACUAUACAAAUACUAAAUUUAAAGAGUUUUCUUCAUCGUAAAUCAUACUUUAUUUUAUUAUCACUAUUUUUUUUUCAAAAAAUUGUGAUAAUAAAAAGUUUAAAAAGGUUUCAUAGAGUAUUUUAUCUCUUAUAGCUUUAUAUAUACAUAUGCAUACGAACAUAAUUACUUUUAUUCUGGAAAAUUAUAUAAAAUAAUCAUAAUCCAUUGUAGUUCUUCAUAUAAUAAACUCAAAAUUGUAUUAAUAUCAAAUAUGGAUUCUAAUUAUUUAAUCGCUG